CUUACAAACAUUCCAUACAUACAAACAAAAUUUUUAAAUACAUAAGUCAAAAAAAUUGUUUGAAAGAUGCUUGCAAGUCUGCCACGCCAUGGUGCUACCACGCUCACUCAGCUUUGCGCAUCACUUGCCUCAGGGCCUGCCCUCCCACAAUAUACACGAAAGCAUCUGUCCACUGUGUCCUCAUGUACCGCCAAUUUUUGCGCCAUAAUUUGCUUUACCUGUGCAUCAACCCAUCAAAAAUGUCGGGUGUGAAGAGAAAGAUAAACGGUGAAGCCAGUGGAAGUGCCAAGAAACGUCAAACAAAUCCAAGCGAACACGCAUGGUAUGGCAUCAUCCCUGGUCUAACGGAUGUAGGCUUUGUGUUGUGUGACGGCUCUGGUUGUGUUCUCCCCUGCUCAGCUGACCACACAGCAUCUUAUCGAUCGGUUCGCCACCACCAGCUCAGUGAAUGUUGGGAAAUCUGGUGGACGCCCACUUGUGGCUUUGUCUCUGGUGGAUCCAGUUGCUUGGUGUCACUUGAUCCACAAUGA